AUGUCCUCGUCCUCACCAUUCUCACCCCUACAAAACUAUGGGAAACUUCUCGAAGAUGGUAUGGUUAGACUCUUUUAUAACUAUGGUCUUCUCGUUGGCAAGUACCCAAAGCGCUUUCUCUGGGGAUCAAUCAUUUUCACAUUGAUGUGCGCUCCUGGAUUGUUGAAGUUGGAUGUGAAUCUCGAUUUGUACCGCCUCUUUGUACCCACCGAUGCCCCAGUGAGAAUCGAGUUUGAGAGGCAAAAGGAGUUCAACGCAAUCCCCUUGGGAGAUUUUAAUGAACCAGCGAAAACGAAUCGUGUGAAACGACACGUGGACAAAGAAUGGUCAUGGGAUUUGGACAAUUUUGAUUUCAAUCCGGGGACGGUGAGAAAAACCGCUAAGCGCCUACAACGAGCCCUCGAUUUCUCCGAUUUCGACAAGCUACACAAAUUGAACUUCACCACGCCAAACUCCGAGCGAUCACGGCGCGAGAUUCAACAAGAUCCGGCAAAAAGUAAAAUGAAUGCGGCCAAGAAGGAGAAGAGAGCCCAAGCACACAAUGAUCGGCGUGUCUAUGGCUUGAAACACGACAUUCUUCGGUUUUACGUGGUGCACAAGGAUUUCGACAAUUUGCUACAAUCAAAAUACUUGGGAUUGUUGUGGAAGUACACGAAUGAAAUGAUGGAGACUACGGCAGUCGACGAUGGAAUCAAAUGGGAGCUAGAGGAUUUCUGCAGAAAAGAUGCCAAGGAAACGAAAUGCAACAACAAUCUCAACGUUUGGCUGAAACACGCUGAUGUGCUCUUCAAAGAUGGAAAGAUUCGAAACAACCCAAAUCUUCAGCUAUCCUAUCCGGUCAUGUAUCUCUUCAAUCGACCAAAAGAUAUUGGAAAUGUAAUCUAUGGAGUUGAUGUGGUCGGAGAGAAAAACGAAAUCAUCGGAGCUCGAGUCUUGACCGUUCACUGGUUCAUCACAUUUCCCAAAUCACCGAAAUUCAACAAUGCUUACAUGACUUUCCGUGAAAAGUUGAACAAGUUUUGGGAGUCGAAACAAGAGGAAAGCGGUCUCACCUUUAUUCCACACAACGAACGAGCCAUGGAUGACGAGAUGUUGAAAAUCAUCUGGACAGUCGUCCCAUUUGCUCUCCCGUCAAUCCUCUUUCUCACACUUUUCGUCAUUUUCUCUAAUUGGAGUAGAAAGAAGGAGAAAAACAAGCCCGUUGAGAUGUGGAUGGGAGUAAUUGCCGUUUGUUUGGCCCUCAUUCAAACUUUUGGUAUUUUCUUCCUUUGUGGGAUCAAAUUCAACCCGGUCACCUCAACAAUGCCGUUCCUUGUUUUGGCUAUCGGUGUCGACGACGAUUUCCUGAUGAUGGGCGCUUGGAGAGAGCUAGACCCGAAGCUUUCAGUCCGUCGCCGGAUAGCUUUGGUGAUGGCCGAUGCGGGCGCCUCUAUCACUGUCACCUCGUUCACAAACUUUUUCUGCUUUGCUCUCGGUUACUUCCUUUGCUCGACGCCAGCUGUCGCCGAAUUCUGCUUAAUCACCGCUGCUGGCGUUCUCCUUGACUACAUCAUGCAGAUCACUUUCUACGCAGCAAUCAUUGCGCUUUCUGGUCAAAAUGAGAAAAAUGGAGGCCUAUCUGCGUGUUACUACAAGAACUGCCAGUGUUGCCUCGGAUGCAUCAUGGAGAAAGAUGAGGGAACAGUUGCCCGACAAGAAGAAGAGGUUCGAGAGGAUUCAAUCGACUCGGACGAAAUCGAUCCCAAUCAUCACGGAAAGUCAACAAGCAUUCCCUACAUGCACCGAUGGUUCCGUGAUGUCUAUUCGCCGUGGAUUCUCCGCGCCGAUGUCAAAAUUGUUUCAUGGCUCUUAUUUGUUGCUUAUGUAAUUGGCAGCUUGUAUGGAUGUUGUAUAUUAAAGGUUGACAUCUCUCCAGUGAAGUACAUCAGAGACAACUCGCCGAUUCAGACUUUCGUCAAACUUGCAGACAAAUACAUCUGGGCCGACAAUGUGAUGCCAUCAUUCCACGUGAUGAACCCUCCCGAUUUGCGAGACUCUGGCCAACGAGCCAAGUUCAAUGAGAUGGUCUUCCGCCUAGAGCACACAAAUUUCUCAAUUGGAAGAGUAUCCACGAAUCUCUGGAUUUGGCAAUACCAGAACUUCCUCAACGAUUUCCCCAAUCUUGACUAUUCGAAAGAUUUCUACAACAAAGAAUAUAUGAGAGAUUUCUUUAAUCAAAUGGAUUAUCAACAAUAUCGAGACAAGGUCAAAAUCCUGCCAAAUAUCAGCGCCGGUGAGCCGUGCCUGGCCGCGUUCUCUUUCCAGACCUCAUUCUACGGAUUAAACUCCUGGGAUCUGAGACAAGCCGAGCUCUUCCACUGGCGUGAUAUCAUUGCUGAAUACCCCGAGUUUGACAUGUUCUUGGCCGGGAUUUUCAGUCCUUUCCUGAUCGAUCAACGAAGAACGAUCGCUCCGUCAACAAUGCAGACUGUUGGUUGUGCCCUUUUGGUGAUGUCACUCAUUUCAUUCUUUUUCUUGCCAGAUGCGCAAUCAGUCUUCUUGAUGACAUGGUCAUUGUUGUCAAUUUCAAUGGGUGUUUGUGGAGGACUCGCUUUGCUUGGCUCAGAUUUAGACUCUGUAUCAAUGGGUUGCAUCGUGAUGGCUAUUGGACUGGCUGUCGACUACUCGAUUCACAUUUGCUAUCGAUACCAUCGAUCAGAGGAGAGGAGAGCAAAUGACAAGGUGAAAGACACUCUCACCUCCGUGGGCUGGCCAGUGUGUCAAGCAGUCGGCUCAACCCUUUCAGCCACAAUUGUUCUCGUAUUUGUGCCCGCUUAUCUUAUUCGAGUAUUUUUCCAAACAGUCUACCUAGUUUGUAUCAUUGGUCUUGCUCACUCACUUGUCCUUCUUCCACAAUUGAUUUCAAUGCUUGACCCAUGUGAACGAGUUCCGUUAAGAUUGAGAGCUCACGAGAGCAAACAA